AUGCAAAUCCGAGUCCACACGCUUCCCCGCCUAGGUGAUGUCACCGUAGUGAAGACCAAGAAGCAAUGCAUCACCGCCGUUCUUGAAGUUCCCAACCAUUUCGCAAACCAAGACUGGCAAGUUUCGCUAUGGCAUAGUACAGACGGGAGUGAGUGGACGGCUUUGCAACUGCCUGCUGUCAUCAGGCAGGCGGAAGCGGUCGAUCUGAGACUGUCACCAUCACACUCACACUUGCAUUUCCAAACGGAACUGUCCUUUCACACUUCGCUACGGUUUACAAUCAAAUUCCGGCAUGCAUCGGAUGAGCUUUGGAUAUGGGUCAAACAAGAAUAUGGGCUUGAAGAUGGACAUGUUCUAUUAGAGGAUAACGAGGCGGCUUCUCAGAAAAUAGAGGAUCUGAUCCCCAACCUUGGCUCGGAAUGGUUGGCUUCAAGUCUACAAAGCCAAGCGCCAGACACGAAGCUAUGGUCGUUGACCACAAAAAUACGACCCAGUCUGGAGGACAGGUCAAGUUUCAAAGACGUCGAAAUCGGUACUCCUUUCACACACUUCCAAAAGUGGUUUGCAUUAGUCAGAACCAGCGUGCCAUGGAUAGCACCCAGAAAAGGCCUUUCUAGAUUUUCACUGGACAAGGAAGCGAUACUAUGCUCAUUCGCCAAUGAAAAGGGCCGCCAUCUCGUAUUUCUUGCCGUGUCAGGUGUGGACGACAUCUUGGCUCUGUUCCGCAGCACGGGUUCAAACUCUAUUGCUGUUCAUGCCCGCAACGAUGCGCCAGUUGAGCGAGACCUCACGGUCCUCGUCUCGACAGGAUACAAUGCCGACAAAGCCAUGGCCUCUGUGAUAUACCACGCUAGGAGUCUCAUUUGGAAGUACUCCCCAAUAGGGACUCAGCAACCGCCUCCGAAUAACAUCAAUGAUCUUAAGCCACAAUGGCGAGAGUAUUGGUAUGACGGAUUGGGAUACUGCACUUGGAACUCUCUCGGGCAAGAUUUGACAGAGGACAAGAUCCUUGACGCCUUGGAGAAGCUGGAAGAAAGUGGUAUCGGCAUUUCGAACCUCAUCAUUGAUGAUAAUUGGCAGUCAAUUGAUGCGACGAACCCAGGCGACGCUCAGCCUGGCUGGCUUGACUUUGAAGCAAAUCCCGCCGGAUUCCCCAACGGCCUCCGAGGCGCCGUGUCCAAGAUUCGGCGCACCCACCGUACCAUCGAGCACAUCUUUGUCUGGCACGCGCUGAUGGGCUACUGGGGCGGCAUCUCCCCCCGCGGCACCAUUGCCCAAACGUACGAAACCACCCGUGUCGGCCGCGAGGACACGGGUACCGACAUGACCGUGAUUGCCGCCCCCUCCCUGUCUCGGUUUUACGACGACUUUUACUCCUUCUUGAUCAGGUCCGGCGUCGACGGCGUCAAGACGGACGCGCAGUGUAUGCUCGACGCCGUGGCCGGCGCUCCCGCCCGCCGGACGCUCACCAACGCGUACCUCGACACGUGGUCCGUUGCCUCGCUGCGGCACUUUGGCACCAACACCAUCGCAUGCAUGGCGCAGUUCCCGCAGGCCCUCUUCCACGCGCUGCUGCCGCGCCGCCGGCCGGCCGUUGUGGCGCGCACCUCGGACGACUACGUGCCCGACGGCGCCGCCGCGGCGCACCGCUGGCACGUGUGGGCGAAUGCGCACAAUGGCCUCCUCGCGCAGUACCUCAACGUGGUGCCCGACUGGGACAUGUUUCAGACGGCGCACCCGCUGGCCGAGUUUCACGCGGCCGCGCGGUGCCUGAGCGGCGGACCGCUGUAUAUUACGGACGUCCCGGGACACCACGACGUGGCGCUGCUGAACCGAUGCACGGCGCUCACGACGCUGGGCAAGACAAUCGUCUUGCGGCCCAGCGUGGUGGGUAUCGCGCUGAAUCCGUACCAGGAUUAUGAUUCUGGGGCGUUGCUCAAGAUUGGCAGUUUCCAUGGAUCCGGGAGCGGAGGCAUCUCCAUAAUGGGCGUCUUCCAGACAUCCGACGCCCGCCACCCGAGCCUGACGCUGCUGUCCGAGUUCCGCGGCACUUCCACCGCCGCCGCCUACGUCGUGCGGGCCUACACGAGCGGCCGCGUGUCACCCAUCCUGCGCUUCGCCGACGACGGUCAGCACGGUCCCUCUCUGCUGGCGACGCCGGGCCGCCACGGCUACGAGUUGUACACGGCGUAUGAGCUCACGAGCUGUGCGAGCAGACGGUUUGGCCAAGUGAGUGUGGCGAGCUUGGGCCUCGUGGACAAGAUGACGGGCGGCGCCGCGAUCGAGGCCAGCCAUGUAGAGGCGGGUGGCGCCAGGGUGACUGUCGUGACAAAGCUCAGAGCGCUUGGAAUAUUUGGCGUUUACAUAUCCAGCCUGGCAAGCUUGACGGUUGACGACAACUUCAUGGUGACCAUCUUUGGCCACCCAGUGCCGAGACAUACGGUCAGAGUUUCAUCGUCUGCCGACACUGUCCUCGAGGUAGAUGUUGAGGCUGCGUGGAAGGAAUUGGGCUUGGACAGUGGCUGGAGCAACGAGCUGGAAGUGACGGUCAAUAUUCUGAGGAUGUAG